AUGCGAGCCUUUGAAAGAACAUGCUGCUAUAUUGCCCACCAAAGUGAGUCAGUGGUUGUGAAUGUCAAUUUCCGGUUAGCUCCUGAGCAUCUGUAUCCAACUCCGGCACUGGACUGCCGUACUGCUGCAAUCCACUUUUUGAAGCAUGCAAAGGAAUACGGAGUGGACCCCAACCGAAUUGCCAUUGGAGGGGACAGUGGCGGGGGCACGAUUGCUGCAGCUGUCUGUCAACAACUAGUGGCAAGGAAGGAUCUCCCAAGAGUGCGAGCUCAGUUCCUGGUCUACCCUUUCCUCCAAGCAGUGGACUUCAAUUUGCCUUCCUAUCAGCAAAACCGUUCCAUUCCUCUGUUGUUCAGGAAACGAGCUGUCAAACACGGUUUCAAGUAUCUCACAGGGAAGAUGAUCAAUGUAGACGGAAUCAUAAAGGGCGCCCAUGUCUCUGCAGAUAUAUGGCUGAAGCACCGGAAAUGGAUUAGUGCUGACAACAUCCCAGAAGAGUUUAAGGGCAGGGGCUAUGUCCCGGCAGUACCUCCUCCAUUUUCUGAAAAGCUUCAUGAACUCUGCAAACGAGGUUUUGAGACAAUGUUUUCCCCCCUCUUAGCGGAGGAUAACAUCAUCUGCCAGCUCCCUGAGACUUUCAUUUUAACCUUUGAGUAUGAUCUUAUCCGGGACGACGGACUGUUAUACAAGAAACGUCUAGAGGACAAUGGUGUGCCGGUGACAUGGCAUCAUCUUCAGGAUGGUUUCCAUGGAAUAACUGUAUCUUUUGGCCUGGGGCCAUUUGAAUUUCCAGCUGCAAGGAAAUGUUUGCAGCAUGUAGCAGAUUUCUUAAAAGGUAUAUAGAAAUAAAUGGCCCGUUUUGUCCUGCGCUGGUAGUCUUCCCCUUCUGUGCAGGCAUAUUCUUUUUCAUGCCCUGCUCUCCCAAUCAUAACAUUAAAAAACCUGAAAGUCAGAUCAAAUGUUUGGCACAGUCUAAUUUAUCAAAGUCAAUGUGCUGGACAUAAGAAAAGCCUUCAGAUUCAGGCCAAUGGCCACACCUAGUCUAGCAUACUGUUCUCACAAUGACCAGGUAGAUGCUGUCAAGAGUCCAGGUUCCCAGCUUGAUAACACAGUAAGUGUAGGUAAU